AUAGUUUUAUGGCUUGGGAUCUUUUUCAAAGUUUGUUACAAAGCACACAAUUACUCCUUUGAAUGUACGCUCUGCGGCGAAAUCUUGCUUGUUCUCAUGAACAUAGUCGUUAAUUCCUACUGUUCUUAUCUUCUAAGACAAAACUUCAAACAAUUAUCAAGACAUUUUUCCACAUUUUCUUCAGAUCAAAAUCUCAUUUCUCAGUUACAAUCAUGCAAUAAAAUCUCUGAAAUCACUCAAUUUCAAGCCUUAAUGGUCAAAACUGGUCAAGACCAAAUUCCUUUCACACUAAGCAAACUCCUCGCAUGUUCAAUUCAAUAUACACAUUAUACAUCUUCAAUUUUCAAGUACGUAAAAAACCCAAAUCUGUAUAUGUACAAUACCAUGCUUCGUAGCUAUUCAAUCAGUGAUGACCCACAAAAGGGUCUUGUGUUUUUCAACUAUAUGAGGGCACAAAUUGUUGUUCUUGAUCAAUUUGCUUUUGUUUCUGUGCUUAGAUCUUGUAUGCGUUUAUUGGAGAAAUGGACAGGUCAAGCUGUUCAUGCAGUUGUUUUGAGAUCUGGGUUUGAUUUGUUUCUUGAUUUGAAGAAUACCCUUUUGAAUUUUUAUUGUGUUCGUGGGGAAAUCCGUUGUGCCCACAAACUGUUCGAUGAAUUUUCGAAGAGGGAUUUGGUUUCCUGGAACACCUUGAUGGGUGGUUAUCUUUGUGUACAUAAUUGUUCUGCUGUUUUGGGCUUGUUUGUAGAGUUGGGUAGGGAUGGUAUUUCUGCUAGUGUCACGACGAUGUUGUGUGUUUUGUCUGCGAUUGGUGAGUUAAAGAUUGCUUUGGCAGGGGAAUCCCUGCAUGGUUAUUGCAUAAAGAUUGGAUCUUGCCAUAAUUUGAAGGUGUUAACUGCCUUGAUAUCUAUGUAUGGGAAGAGUGGUUGUGUGUGUUCAGGCCGUAGUCUAUUUGAUGAAGCUUAUCAGAAAGAUGUUGUUUUGUGGAACUGUUUGAUAAAUGGAUAUGCUAAAAAUGGAUUGCUGGAAGAGGCAUUGUCUCUAUUGAGGCAAAUGAAGGUUCAAAGAUUGAAGCCGAAUUCGUCAACCUUGGCAGGUUUGCUUUCUUCUUGUGACUCCUCCGGAGCUCUUAAUAUGGGUGAAUAUAUUCAGAACUUUGUAGAAGACCAGGAAUUAGCUUUGGAUCCAGUCCAUGGCACGGCGUUGAUCGAUAUGUAUGCUAAGUGUGGGUUGCUUGGGAAGGCAGUUAAUGUUUUUGACAAUAUGGAGACUAAAGAUGUGAAGUGUUGGACAGCAAUGAUAAUGGGUUACGGGGUACACGGGGAGGCAAAAGAUGCUAUUGCACUCUUCCACAGAAUGGAGGAUGAAGGUUUUAGGCCGAAUGAAGUGACUUUCUUGGCAGUAUUUAGUGCUUGUAGUCAUGGAGGACUGGUGGCAGAGGGCAUCAGUCAUUUUAGAAAAAUGGUCCUGGAAUAUGGCUUGACUCCUAAAAUUGAGCAUUAUGGAUGUUUGAUUGAUAUAUUAGGUCGUGCUGGACUGCUUGAAACAGCACGAGAACUAAUAAAAGGUUUGCCCAUUGAAGGGGAUGCUACUGCAUGGCGUGCAUUACUAGCAGCAUGCAGACUCCAUGGUGGUGUUGAGUUGGGUGAACAAGUGAAAAAAGAACUAGAACAGAGAUUUGGCGAACACCCUGCUGAUUCACUACUUCUGAACAGUACUUAUGCCAUCGCUGGGAUAUUGCCCAAGGAGAGAGACAUGCUAGAGGUGAAGGAAGGUAAAUUAGAAAAAGAGGUGGGAUCUUCUCUCAGUGGGAAGAAGGAAGCUGGAUGCAGCUCAAUUGAAUUAUGUGAUAAUGGUCGGGAUUUUCUUAGCAGGGUGAAGUACGCUAGUUCCUAGAGGACCCUGCCUUCAGCUGCCACAACAAAAUUUUGAUCUUCAGUAUAAGAAUUGCUUCUCUUUUUUUUUCAGACAAAGAGUAUGCACUGGCAAUCAGACUAUCAAUUAUUCUUUGUACUUGUUUUCAUUCAUUCAUUCAACAUAAAGAUAUAAGAUCAAUCUCCAAAAAGUAUCAUGCAUAACACCAAAAUAUGUCUCUCUUUUUCUGAGUAAGAUGGUUGUACGUGGAUCAACUUACACAUAGUUCAACUAAUCCACCAUGUAGGCUGUUACCUCCUACAAACACAACUGCAGGGUAAUAACAGCAAGAGAACUCACAUACGACUCUCAAAUCAUUGUCACCAACUGCAAUAUGCCAUCCUGGCUAUUGACCUGAGGAGGAAUGAGACAAGUGAGGAAACCAUGUGGCAUGCCAAAUCCAAGUCCCCUGAAUGUCAGUUUUCCCUGUACUACCGGUUAGUCUUCCUUAACGCCUUCAGCAUAACAAAUAAACAUAUGGAUUCCAUUGUUACGCCAAAUCCAAGUCCCCUGAAUGUCACUUGGCAGCUACAGAAUACAUAUGGAUUCCGUUGUUAUGUUUUUAACUAAUCUUUUGUCUAUUUCUAGUCCACCACUACUCUGCUUAUUCCCCUGUGAAAUAUUUCCAUCUGCACAAAGUCAAUAAAGAUUUGAGCAAACAUAUAUGGGACAAUAACUCAAGUUCAAGAAACAGCGCAUCACUUUACUGCUUUAUGCAAUUUGACGCGUUGUGUUUUGAAUAUGUCUCUGUUUACUCUGUUCUUUUUUGUAUGAUAAAUUAUGAUAACCAAAGCACAAAAAGCACAGAUGGUAACAGAAAAGGGAAAACAAGAAACUACGAGAAUAACAUAUAUAAAACAAGAAGUUAAAAAAUUAAUAUUAUGAAUGGUACGUACUUGUAACAUUUUACUGAUGUUGCUAGCACCAAAAAUACGAUGAAGAACAAUAAAUUUAUGUGGU